AACGGUAGUUUGGUCAUAUUAAACAUUUUAAAACUAAAGUUUAUAUGCCGUGAAUCGGGCCAUUGCUGGUUUUGUAAAAACGGUCUUCAAGUUCAAAAUUUUCCCACGUAAUAUCACGAAAACAUGUCUGUUGCACCAGAAAAAUCACCAAAAAAAGGACAUGGACAUAGAUAUAGUUCGCAUCCACCCCCCGGUCUAGAGUACCUGGCCCAGGUAGACCAGCUGCUCGUUCAUCAGACAACAGAGCUCCUAGAAGCUGUUCUUGGAUUUGAGACGAAUAAUAAGUAUGUUAUUAAAAACAGUCUUGGACAACAAGUGUAUUUUGCUGCUGAAGAUACGGACUGUUUUACUCGAAAUAUUUGUGGCCGAUACCGACCGUUCAACAUGACGAUUGUAGACAACUCAAAGAGAGAGGUUAUUCAUUUGUACAGACCUCUGAGGUGCUCCAGUUGGAUGUUUCCCUGUUGUUUACAAAAGAUAGCAGUGGAGUCUCCCCCCGGCCAAAUAAUCGGCUACGUCUGUCAGGGCUGGUAUGUGAUCUUCCCACACUUCUACAUCCAGGAUGAAAACUAUAAUUCAAUCUUGAGGAUCAAAGGGCCACUCUGUCCGUGUUCAUUCUGUGGAGAUGUUAAAUAUAAUCUUACAACGAUGGAGGGAGCCAUUAUUGGGAAGAUCACGAAACAGUGGUCGGGUAUUUUAAAGGAAGCGCUGACGGAUGCGGAGAACUUUGGUGUCACUUUCCCUGUGGACCUUGACGUCCGGACAAAGGCUAUCGUUCUGGCAGCAGUGUUUCUUCUUGAUUUCAUGUUUUUCGAAGAUGGACCUGGGGAUAAGGAUAAAAAACUUUCAUUGUUUAGUACUUAAUGAACAUGUUGCAUUUGGUUACACACCUAGACAUGUUUACCCUCCCUGCCUCCCUCCUUCCUUUCUCUCCCUCUUUCUCCCUCCCUCUUUCUCCCUCCCUCCCUCUCUUUCUCUCUAUCUCCCUCCCUCCCUCCCUCGCUCUCUCUCUCUCUCUCUCUCUCUCUCUCUCUCUCUCUCUCUCUCUCUCUCUCUCUCUCUCUCUCUCUCUCUCUCUCUCUCUCUCUCUCUCUCUCUCAGACACACUUUCUCUCUCUAAUUCUCUCCUUUCCCCAUCAUAAUAUUAUAGGCUAAUGAGAUGUUUUGAAAUGAAACUUAAAAUACCCAGUUUUUGGUAAAACAGCAUUAAAAUUCCCAAAAUCUAAACCAUGGGCAUCAAGUUAAAUUUGAGAAAUAAAAGCCUGGUAGCACAUACCACUGUAUUACAUCAGCCAUAGGGCAUAUUGCUUUAAUGAGAAUCAAUUCAAAGCUGGUUAUCCAACCCCAACACUUGAUAGAAAUUAAGUUGCCUUCGUUAUCCCUCUUUUGAAAGAAAAAUUUGCCUUGGUGUCCUUCCAACUUACCUUGGUGUCCAUCCAAUUUCCCUUUGUGGCCUAAUUUUUGUUAUUAAACUGAAGACAACACUUGCCAUGUAAAAUGCGACCCCUGGUGUAAAAUUCUGCACACCCCACUCCCUAUUUUCUAAAGACUUAUGGUCUUUGCAUUACGUUUCCAUAGUACGUAAAGGACAACUAAUGACCCACUUUUUGUAUCUGAUGUAGGGACUUGGAGAGUGAGUAAUUGUUACAGAACUCUUUAUCAAUUUUAAAAAAAUAAAAUUAAAUUAAAUUAAAAAUUAAAAGAAUUAAAAAUUAAAAAAUUAAAUAAAACACUAUUAACACAUGGUGCUAAGACUUACCCAACAUGGAAACUUUUAUGAAGUAGAAUCAUUGGACCUAGUACUAGGGUUAGAAAAAUUGUAAAUUUAUAUUGUGAUAAAAUAGUUUGUUUAAUUUGAAAAAAACCCCCAGAAACUGUAGGAAAUGCAGAUAUCUGUCUACGACUAGUUUAUACAUAUGCACACUGGUAUUUUAAAUGAUCUCACAUGCUGAUAUAUUUUACAAACCAUAUUUAUGUCAUUCUACGACUUUCAUGGAUAUAACCUCACUUAUAUACAGAAUAUACUUGUGUACUUAUUGGUGUUAUUUUAUUUAAUAUUAUAUUUUUUUAAAUGUUGAUCAUAAAAUCAAUUCAUAUGCAAUAAAUUUAUACACGUAA